UGGGAUUUCGAAGGGGAAGUUACAAGUGUGUGUGUCGGCUUGGUUUCUACUUUCCUGACACCAAAGCUGAGCGAAGAUACUACAAUGGAACCGUUAUCGAAGAGGAGUAUGAGAAACUAAUGCUGGGACAAGAAAGCCAGUAUGGUGAACCAGGGGUGUUUGAGUGCUUACCCUGUGCAGAGGGGUGCGAAAGCUGCGAAGACGAUCGCCCUUGUGUCGUGUCGCUUAAUUGGGUGAUGCGAACCGUUAUACUCAUCUUGUCGUUUGCAAUUAUAUGCUGCUUGCCAAUUGUCGUCCUUUUCACGUGGAAAUAUGGUAAUGUAAAGGUGGUGCGUGCAGCGAGCCCAGUUCUCUUGAGAGUCAUAACAUUAGGAGCAUUUUUUAUUUAUUGCACGACGAUUGUCAUGUAUCCCCAGCCAAGCGUCUAUACAUGCACUGCAAGAGUAUGGCUUCGGGAAAUAGGAUUUUCUCUUACAUAUGGAGCGCUUAUGCUUAAAACUUGGCGGAUAUCUGUUAUCUUUCGCGUACGUUCAGCAAAAGCAGUCAAGAUCACCGAUGUGAAUCUUUUGAAACGUCUAGGGAUCAUCGUGUCAAUCUUCAGCAUGUUCCUAAUAAUUCGUACUCUUGUUGCACCGCCCGUUGUUAUUGUCGGGAGAACAGCAGAUGAUUUGAAAGCAUAUUUGUGCCGUACAGAUUGGUGGGAUCACUCCUUUACUACAAUGGAAGUCGUAUUCCUGAUGUGGGGAAUACGCCUGUGCAUCGUAGUUCGCAAAGCUCCAUCAGAAUUCAACGAAAGUCGAUUUAUCUCAAUGGCUAUUUACAACGAAUUUUUAUUGUCCGUUUUUCUGAACAUCUCAAUGUUUUUCCUGCAGAAACCGGCAAAUCCAGAUUUGCUCUACAUAAUCUUCUUUUGCCACACCCAACUGACCGUCACUCUUCUACUGUGUCUCAUUUUUGGCAGCAAGGCAUACAUGGUGUUCAAAGGGCAAGAUAAAAAUGAAAAUGGCUCAGGUGCAUUGCCAAAAACCCAAACCUCAAAGUUUUUGGGUAAAACACGUUCAGAUGAGGACAUUCAGGAGGAAUUUAUACGAUUAUACACUCAAUUGGAAUUGCUCAAAGAAAAAAAUAUUCGUGUAGGUAAUCGGCACCUUGCAUCCAAAAUUGGUGCUAUGCAAUCAGCUGCCACACGCUUUGACUGUGAUCAAUCCGGAAGUUCGGCGCGAAGUAAUUGUAAACUCAAUAGUAUGUUAAGUGUAGUGACUGAUAAAUUUGUUUGCGCUACAGUAUCAUCCCCUGACUCCACCGAAGACAAUACCGCUGUAGCAAAGACUAAAAGACAGAGUGUAUCUUUUUCCGAAACUAUUGAUAAUAAUCCCAGCGGAAGUGCAAUAAGGGAAUCGACAAAAUCUCUGAAGGAUGUAACUGCAGACAGCGUUUCUUCUGGAGAUUCUCCAAUAGAAUUGAAGAACCGCGACGAUCAAUCGGAGGCCAAUAGCACCGAUCGCAACGGCCGCCUUCUUAAGUCCGGUCAUGCAAGAACCCACGCCAUUGUGAUUAAUUUAGAUGAUAAGAGCCGAUUUACUGAAGAAGUAACGGUUUAGUGAGUUUUUUUUACUGAUUGUACGUAUUUAGGGAACGUUGCAUCUUCAAACUCAAAAUUGUCACAAUCGAGCUCCAUUGACAGAUUUGGGUUUAUUUAGCAAUGUUUACGUUAAACAAUGUCGUUUAAAUGUAGUUGAGGUGUUUUCCGUCAAACCUAUAGGCAUAUCAGCAUUCCGUAAGUAUAGCCAGUUUUUUGAUUUUUAUACCCGUGUCUUUCCGAUAUUUACCAUCUGUAUGCUACUCUUGUAAUAAAGACGCCGUUAAUGUAAACCUCUACCUAUACAACUAUAAUGUUAAUUAUUGUUUACCUGAAUGCACCUUACCUCUACCAAACCUAAGAGACGAGUAUUGAGGUAACUUGAUGCAUAUCAUUUUAUGCUGAACAAAUGGAUAAUAAAUACUUUUGUUUAUGUAAAUAGAAAAGCUUUGAAAAUGUUAUCUGUUAACGCAUUGUCCCUUGCAAUAUUGUUAAUAUAUGGAAUAUUGAGGUGUCAAGUUGAGCCUUUACGUUACUUAUUGUAAUAAUAUGUUAUAUGUUAACUGAUUUAAGUGAAUCCAUAUCCUUGUUGUAAGACACAAAUAAAAAAAGUUCA